AUGCUUAACCCAGCUUCAAAAUCUCAUUCUCCUCCUCCACCCUCUACUGAAGUAAUUCUUUAUUGUACCAUCAGGAAAGAGAUAAUUCUAUUAGACAUCAGGCCCUUUGAAAGGAAUUUUAAAAAAUAAAUCGUUCUAUGGAGAUAAUUAAGAUAGAAAUUCAUUUUAAGGAGAUAAGAAUGUGGAAGAGGAAUUAAUAGAUCAAUCGUUUUUAUCGUAAGGAUCUUUUCAUGCUCAAAAGUAAAUUGAAAUAUAACAUAGAAAUUCAAAUAAAUAGGCUGGUGAGAAGUAAUUAAAUAUAAUUAAAUAAUCAUCUAACAAAUUUGGGAGAUUGAAUAGUGUAUGGAGAAACAAGUCUUUAAAUAUAAUAUAUUAUAUAUCAAAAUUUGCUAGAUAAUUGAAAAAUAGUGCUAAUAAAAUAAAAUUUAAACUAUUAACAAGAAGAAUAUUGGAUCUGAUAAGAGAUUUAGGAUCAGACUCUGAUGAAUUGUUAAGGCAAAGAGAUAAUUAAUAUAAUAAAAAAACUGUUUAAACAAUUAAAUGCUUUAAUAAAGUAUUGAAUAAAAUUUAAUAUUUGCCAAUCAUUGAGCCAGAUUCUAUAAUAAAAUUAACAUGGGAUGUCAUAGUCUUAUUGGCUAUUGUUAUAAACAUUAUAUAUAUACCUUUAGAAUUAAGUUUUUCUGUUGAUAUGGAUUUAACUACUUAGUUAUGUUUAAAUACAUUUCCAUCAUGGUUAUUUGUUGUUGAUAUAUUUGUAACAUUACAGACAGCUUAUUAUGCUAAAGGUAUAAUACAUAGAAAUCAAAUUGAAAUCUUUAAAAAUUAUCUUAAAGGAGGAACAUUAAUACUUGAUAUCAUUAUAGUAAUUCCAAUAUUGUUAUCAUCUUUAAAUUUUUAAUUUUUUAAAUAUGCUUUAUUAUUAAGGAUUUUUAGAUUACCAAAAAUAGCAAGCAAUAUAGAAGAGAUAAUAAAUCCAAAUUAAUAAGUAAAGGCAGUGAUUUCUUUAAUAAAAUUGAUUUAUUUUAUUUUAAUAACAUGUCAUUUUUGUGCAUGUAUAUGGGCUUUUUUAGGUGAAACUUAAAUCUAAUAUGGAGAGCAUUCUUGGAUAUUACAUUAUCAAAUUGAAGAUUCAAAUUGGAGAAUUAAAUAUGUUUAUUCGUUUUAUUAUUCAGCUAUAACUACAUUAACAAUUGGAUAUGGAGAUAUAACUCCUUAAACAAUUCCUGAGAAAAUAUAUACGAUUUUUCUAGCUUUGUUAGUUUGUGGUGUAUUAGGAUAUAGUGUUUCUACUGUUGGAGAGAUAAUUAAGUAGUUGCAAGAGAAAAAUUAACUAUUUAAGGAAAAAAUGUCUUUAGUUACUAAUUAUGUCAAAAGUAGAAAGCUAAAUAAAUAAUUGUAAUUAUAAGUAAGGAAAUAUUUUGAACAUUAUUUUAAAUUAGAACAAAGAUCCUAAAUUGAAGCUGAAGAAUUAAUGUAGAAAUUAACUGUUGAAUUAAAAUAGAAAGUUAAAUUUGAUUUAUACUCUUCUAUAUUAAAAUAAUCAAAAGUAAUAUCUCACUUGUGUGAUUCAUGUUUAUAGAAAUUAUGUUUGGUUGCACAUGAAAAAAAAUAUGCACCUGAAGAAAUUAUUUGGAAAUAAAACGAAUAAGCAUCCAAAUUAAUAUUUUUAGUCAAAGGAAAACUUGACUUAAUGGCUAAUGAUAUUGUAUUGAAAAGUUGGAAAAAGGGAGUUAUUGGAGAAAGAGAAUUUGCUUCAUAAACAACAUAUAUUACUUAUUUAAAAGCAUAUAAAUUUUCAUAAGUUAUUUACAUUGAAUAUUCAGAUCUAUAACAUAUACUGGGUGAUCAUUAAGAAGAUUUAGAAAAAAUAAAAAUGUUAUAAGAUAAUCUUAUAUUUAAUGAAAAUUAUAAAAACUUUGGAAAUGUUUGUGAAGUCUGUGAAUGGACUCAUUCUAUUGAGAAAUGUCCAUAUGUAUUUAUUAGAGUUAAUAAAACUAAAAUUAUGAAUAAAUUUAAAGAAACAAAAGAAUAAAAUAGAUUAUAUACAGAUAGAAAUAUUUUUAGAUAUACUUCAAGAAAAAAGAUUAGUGACAUUUAAGAAUGUGCAUUAGCUAUGAUAAUUAAUGAAAAAUUUAUCCAUUAAUUAGAUAUUACUGAUGCAUAUUUACAAUAAUUAGGAUUUGCAUUAGAUGUAGAUGAAUAGUUGAAUGGAAGUGGUUAAAAAUAAAAUACAUAAAGAGAAUAAACUAUUCAUAAUGAUACUUUCACUGUUAAAAGCAAUACAAAUAGAGAUAAUAUUAGAAAAUAAAGUGAUAGCUUUUCAAAUGAUGUAUUAACAUAUAGUAGUUAAUUACCCCCAAUUGUUCCUCAUUAAUCAAUCCCUUCACCAUAAAUCUCUUAAAAAUUAACCAUUAAUAGAAAAAAGGAUAAUUAACCAAAUGUUAAUAAAUAAAAUGAUAGUACUACUAUAUUAAGAAAACUAAAGAGAGAGAACUCUUAAAAUAUUGAAAAAAGAAUUCAAUUUAUGCAGUCUUAAUUAAAUGAAUCAAAAGAAUUAAGAAAAAAUUCUAAACUAGAUAGUUGGAGAAGUAUUGAAUAAAAUCUUGCAAUCUAAUCCUAUAAAAAAAUAUCCUACACAAGUUAAGCUAGUGUUAGUUUGUACAAAUAGAAAAGUUUAUAAAAGUAGAUCAGUGUAGUUGCAGCUAGUCCAAGAAUAAAGAAAAAUUCUUCAAGUUUUGUAGGUACUUUAAAUUCCAGAACAUCUAAAGCUUAAUAUAUUAAUUCUAAUGAAAAUGAGGAUAUGGUUAUCAUCAUGGAAGAAGCAGAAGAAAAAACACUUGAAUAUUGUGAUUUUGAUCUUGAUAAGUAAUACAUAAUGACAAUUUAUUUUCCCAUUUUUAAUUAUGAUGGAAUAAUUAAAAAGAUUCAACUUUAGUAUCAAUAAAAGUAAAUAUCUUUAAAAGCAAGUUUGAAAAAAUCAAAAACAUUACAAAGAUUAAUGAAUGAUGAAUGA